AUGUCUGAAUACGAAGACCCGUACGGAUACUACGAAGAUACGGAAAUCACCGCCGAGGACUGCUGGACCGUCAUUUCCUCGUUCUUUAACGAAAAAGGACUCGUGUCCCAGCAGCUCGACUCCUUCGAUGAGUUCAUCGAAACCACCAUCCAGGAGCUUGUGUGGGAGGACCGGACUCUGAUCCUGGACCAGCCUGCCCAGCACACCACCCCUAACGACAACCAGAACAAGCGGUUCGAAAUCACGUUUGGCAAAAUCUACCUGUCUCGGCCCACCAUGACCGAGGCUGAUGGAUCCACCCACCCCAUGUACCCGCAGGAGGCCCGUGCUCGAAACCUGACCUACUCUUCUCCCCUCUACGUGGAUAUGAAGAAGCGGGUUCUGUUUUCUAUUGACGACCCUGCCCGUCCCGAGGCCGAUGUUGUGUGGAACCCCAUCCCCGGUGAGGUCGAGGAGCCCGUGUCCAAGGUGUACAUUGGCAAGGUGCCUAUCAUGCUGCGGUCCAAGUUUUGCAUUCUGCGUGGCCUGCGGGAGAACGAUCUCUACGAGCUGAACGAAUGUCCCUACGAUCAGGGAGGUUACUUUGUCAUCAACGGUUCUGAAAAAGUGCUUAUUGCCCAGGAGCGGUCUGCCGCCAAUAUCGUGCAGGUGUUUAAGAAGGCUGCACCCUCGCCCAUCUCGCAUGUGGCCGAGAUUCGAUCUGCCGUCGAGAAGGGCUCGCGUCUGAUUUCGUCGAUGCAGAUCAAGAUGUUUGGUCGAAGCGACAAGGGCCCCGUGACCAUCAAGGCCGCGCUCCCUUAUGUGCGGGCCGACAUUCCAAUUGUCGUUGUUUUCCGAGCCCUGGGCGUUGUGCCCGACGGAGAUAUUCUCGAGCACAUUUGUUACGACAACAACGAUUGGCAGAUGCUGGAGAUGCUGAAGCCGUGUAUCGAGGAGGCGUUUGUGAUCCAGGACCGAGAGGUUGCUCUGGACUAUAUUGGUCGACGAGGUUCGGCCGUCGGUGUGAACCGAGAGCGACGAGUACGAUACGCCCGAGAUAUCCUGCAGAAGGAACUGCUGCCACACAUCACCCAGGAGGAGGGUUUCGAGACCCGAAAGGCGUACUUCCUGGGCUACAUGGUGCAUCGAAUGCUGCUUGUGGCUCUGGGUAGAAAGGAGCCCGACGAUCGAGAUCAUUUCGGAAAGAAGCGACUUGAUCUCGCAGGUCCACUUAUGGCUGGUAUCUUCCGAAUGCUGUUCAAGAAGCUCACAAAGGACAUUUACAGAUACAUGCUGAAGUGUGUCGAGACCAACAAGGACUUCAACCUGACUCUGGCUGUCAAGUCCAACACCAUCACCAACGGUCUCAAGUACUCUUUGGCCACCGGAAACUGGGGUGACCAGAAGAAGGCAAUGUCUUCACGAGCAGGUGUCUCCCAGGUGCUUAACCGAUACACCUUUGCCUCGACACUGUCGCAUUUGCGACGAACUAACACUCCCAUUGGCCGAGACGGAAAGAUUGCCAAGCCCCGACAGCUGCACAACACGCAUUGGGGUCUGGUAUGUCCCGCUGAGACUCCCGAGGGACAGGCUUGUGGUCUCGUCAAGAACUUGUCUCUUAUGUCGUGCAUCUCAGUCGGUACCCCUUCCUUCCCCAUCAUCAACUUCCUGGAUGAGUGGGGAAUGGAGCCUCUGGAGGACUAUGUGCCUCAUACGCACACCACCUCUACGCGUGUCUUUGUCAACGGUGUGUGGGUGGGCGUGCAUCGAGACGCCACCCAGCUCACCGACAUGAUCAAGUCUCUGCGGCGAAUGGGUGACAUCGAGUCCGAGGUGUCGAUCAUUCGAGAUAUCCGAGAAAAGGAGAUUCGAAUUUUCACGGAUGCCGGUCGUGUCUACCGACCGCUUUUUGUGGUCGAAAACAACCCCGAUGCCGAGCGCAAGGGUGAACUGGUUCUGCAGAAGGACCACAUUUAUCAGCUGCAACAGCAGAUGGCCGAACAGGCCGAGACUGAGGGCGACGAGGGCAAGGGCGACAAAAACACGGGCUGGAACUGGCUCGUCGACAAUGGUGUGAUUGAGUACAUCGAUGGUGAAGAGGAAGAGACGGUCAUGAUUGCCAUGACUCCCGAGGAUCUGGAGUUCUCGCGACAGAUGCAGGCCGGCGUGGAAAUGCCUGAGGACGAGCUUGACCCCGCCAGACGAGUCAAGCCCGCAUACAACCCCCACUCGCACACCUGGACCCAUUGUGAGAUUCAUCCCUCGAUGAUUCUUGGUAUUCUGGCGUCCAUUAUUCCUUUCCCUGAUCAUAACCAGUCGCCCCGAAACACAUACCAGUCAGCCAUGGGUAAGCAGGCCAUGGGCGUGUUCCUCACCAACUACGACGUGCGUAUGGACACCAUGGCCAAUAUUCUGUACUACCCUCAGAAGCCGUUGGCCACCACGCGGUCCAUGGAGUUCCUCAAGUUCCGAGAGCUCCCCGCCGGUCAGAACGCCAUUGUGGCUAUUCUGUGUUACUCCGGUUACAACCAGGAAGAUUCCGUGGUCAUGAACCAGUCGUCUAUUGAUCGAGGACUGUUCCGAUCGCUCUUCUUCCGUUCGUACAUGGACCAGGAGCGACGAGUGGGUAUGUCUGUGGUCGAGGAGUUUGAGAAGCCUACCCGGGCAGAUACUCUUCGAAUGAAGCACGGCACCUACGACAAAUUGGACGACGAUGGUCUGGUGUGUCCCGGAGUGCGUGUUUCCGGUGAGGACAUUAUCAUUGGAAAGACGGCUCCCAUUCCUCCGGACGCAGAGGAGCUUGGUCAGCGAACCAAGUACCACACCAAGCGAGACGCGUCCACGCCUCUGCGAUCGACCGAAAACGGUAUUGUUGACCAGGUGCUGCUGACCACCAACCAGGAGGGACUGCGGUUCGUUAAGGUGCGAAUGCGAACCACCAAGAUCCCCCAGAUUGGAGACAAGUUUGCGUCGCGUCACGGACAGAAGGGUACCAUUGGUGUGACGUACCGACAUGAGGACAUGCCGUUCUCCGCCGAGGGAGUGGUCCCCGAUAUCAUCAUCAACCCCCACGCCAUUCCUUCGCGUAUGACCGUCGCGCAUCUGAUUGAGUGUCUGCUUUCCAAGGUGUCGUGUCUGUCUGGUCUGGAGGGUGACGCCACUCCGUUCACGGAUGUGACUGUCGACGCCAUCUCCAAACUGCUGCGGUCCCACGGCUACCAGUCCAGAGGUUUUGAGGUCAUGUACCACGGCCACACUGGUAAGAAGAUUAUGGCUCAGUGUUUCUUGGGUCCCACUUACUACCAGCGUCUGCGUCAUAUGGUGGAUGACAAGAUCCACGCUCGAGCACGUGGUCCUGUGCAAAUUCUGACCCGACAGCCCGUCGAGGGUCGAUCUCGAGAGGGUGGUCUGCGAUUCGGAGAAAUGGAGCGAGAUUGUAUGAUUGCCCAUGGAGCUGCCGCCUUCCUCAAGGAGCGACUCAUGGAGGCGUCGGAUGCGUUCCGAAUCCACGUCUGCGGUGUCUGUGGCUCCAUGAACGUGAUUGCUAACCUGAAAAAGAACCAGUUUGAAUGCCGAUCGUGCCGAAACAAGACCAAGAUUUACCAGGUCCAGAUUCCGUACGCUGCGAAACUGUUGUUCCAGGAGCUGAUGGCGAUGAACAUUGCUCCGAGAUUGUUCAGCGAUAGGAGUGGGUAUAGUGUGAGAGUUUAG